AUGUGGGCCGGUCAGAGCUAUCGGUCCCUUCGAAGCGCCUGCCUGGAGAAUGGCCAGCUCUUUGUGGACCCCGAAUUUCCCAAAUUCAACUUCGACCAGGAAGUUGAAUGGAAAAGGCCACCCGAGGGCAGACUGUUUGCUGGGUAUGAGGGUGACUGCUGGCUCCUCUCUUCAAUCUCCUCCCUGACUCUCCACCCCACUCUCCUGUCUCAUGUGGUCCCUGAAGAUCAGAGUUUCUGCCCCGGCGAAGGAUACUGCGGGAUCUUCCACUUCAGGUUGUGGCAGUUUGGUGAGUGGGUUGACGUGGUUGUGGAUGACACCCUUCCAACCAAAAAAGGUCAGCUUUUGUACACAAAAAGUGAUACCCGUGGGGAGAUGUGGAGCGCACUUCUGGAGAAAGCCUAUGCCAAGGUGUGUGGGGGGUAUCCGGCACUGCAAGGUGGGGCCAUCCCCGAGGCAUUGGAGGAUUUCACCGGUGGCAUUGCGGAGAGCGUGAGUUUGAGUGGGCACGACCACGAGGAGACCUGGAGCCUGGUCAGCCAAUCAGAAGGUGGCAAGGCUCUCAUGGCUUGUUAUAUCCAGGCAUCCGACCCCAGUGACAUUGGCCAUGUCAAUGAAGAAGGACUGGUCUUGGGGCAUGCGUAUGCUGUGAUAGGAGCCAAAAGGGUGCUCUCUAAGUCGGGCGAAGUCUCUCUUUUACGCCUUAGAAAUCCAUGGGGAUUCACAGAGUACAAAGGUCCGUGGAGUGAUAGAUCUUUGGAGUGGGGAUUGGUGUCAGAAGAGGAGCAGAAAGAGCUAAACCUACAGAAGGAAGAUGGGGAGUUUUGGAUGCUCUGCGAAGAAUUCUGUAAUACGUUCUCCUGUCUCGUGUUCUGCAAAAUCGACCUAGAUCCAUCCCGCUGGAGCGUCACUAACCUGAGGGGGAGCUGGGAGAGCGGGGUUAAUGCCGGAGGGUCUCGAAGACACAAAUCUUUUUUUAGCAAUCCACAGUUCCGCAUCCGCGUGGGCGGGUCAUCCUGUUUAGGGGAGGAUCCUGAAUCUGCGCAGUGGGCGGAGCUCGGCUCUGCGCAGGACGAGAACGAGGCAAAGAACCCCGAGGUGCUUCUCCAACUUCUUCAGACAGACAGGAAGCCGGAGAAGCUUCACAUCUCAUGCCACGUGUACAGGGUACCGGAGAACCUGUCUUCUCGCCCCCGACUGGACCGCGGGUUCUUCACGCGGAGCCGUCCAGCGUGUGACACCGGAGAUCCGCAGAACAGCCGCGGUGCGGUGCUGCGCGCGUCUCUGGUGCCCGGGGAGUACGUCGUCGUGCCGUCCACUCUCAACCCCAACCAGGAGGGCAACUUUUUAAUCAGGGUCUACUGCGAAAAAAAGGGAGUGUGAGUAAUCCCGGCACAGCCAGCUGCGUUGAAGAAAUAUUGCCUACAGUUCAUAGCUCAAAAGAAUUCAACAACUGGAGUUUUUUU